AUGUCGACCACUGAACAUCCUAUUAACGUUAGCCUCCCGGAGCCCUUAGAAACGUUGCUUCCCCCUUCUGUACAGCUCCAAAGAGCUCACGAAGAGCAAGAACUACAUGCUCAAAGUGAAGUUACCGCCGAGAAUGAACAUCCAACGAAUACUACUCCAUCAUAUGACGCGGAUUUCCCAUCACUUUCUUCGACGACCACUUCUUCAAAGCCGUCUGUUUGGGGUAAUCACUCUGUUGCCGAACUUGUUCGUAAUCCAGUUUUCAAAAAACCAGGUACUAUCACUGAAAGACUUGAGCUGCUUGCAUCUCAACAAUUACAAAAGAGAGAAUUUGGUAACAAAACUACAAUGGCGGAUAUCGUUAAACGCGUUAUAAGCAAAGCCAAUGUUCAAAUUGAUGUGUCCACCGCGCAAAAGACUGGUACGACAACUUUUUUGAUUAAGGGAAAGCAAGAGGACGUGAUGAGAGCGAAACGUGAACUGCUAGACAAUCUAGCCAUUAAGGUUGAAGAAACCAUGGAUAUCCCGGUUUCCGCACGUCGCCAUCUUGUCGGAAUUCGCGGUCAAACUUUGCGGGCAAUUACCCUGAAGACAAGUACUCGUAUUCAAUUACCACCUCGUCCGGAAAAUUCCGAGGAAAAAUCGGGAUUGGAUUAUGACGACGAAGAAGAAACGAUGAAGGUUAAGAUUGAAGGUGACGCGAAAGGAGUGUCUGCAGCCAAGGCUGAAAUUGAAGCUAUCAUUAAUGAAAGGACAAUCAAUCACCGUAUCGUUCAUAUCGAGCAUAUAUUCUACCCUUUAAUUUCGGGUGCUCACAACAAACGAAUCCAAAAAAUUAGCGCGGAAACCGGAACAAAAAUAUCUGUUCCUCCGUAUACUGCCACCAUUGAAAAUGCGGAAGGUCACGAAUUUUCAGUCAAAGACUACAUUACUGUCACCGGAGAACGUGAUGCUGUGAAGAGGGCUACCGAUUCGAUCGAGGAGAUUUAUAUCAAUUUGAAAAACAACACCCGUACUCUUACUGUCGAUAUUCCAAAGUGUCAGCACAAAUAUCUUAUCGGUAUGAAGGGUGCAAACUUGCAUGAAAUUCUUGAAACGACCGAGUGCUCCUUGGAACUUUCGCCGCCAUCCGAUCCAUCCGAGAAAGUAACCAUUCGCGGACCUCCAAUACAACUUUCAAAGGCCCUUCAGGCUGUGAUGGAGAAGGCCAAUUCCGUUUACGUUGAAAUGGUUGAUAUUGCACAUUUACACAAAUCUGGUCACGAACACACCAAAAAUAUUCUAAAAUAUUUGGUAAACAGAGGAAAACUCAAAAAGAUCGAGGCAGAUCACAAUGUUCAAAUAAUUGUUCCCAAAGGUUCAGCUUUGGAGAGGGGGGCGGUUUUGGAAUUUAUUUGUAAAGUUUCUAAGGACUCAGAAAACACUUAUAAAACCAACGUAGAAAGCGCGAGAAGGGAUGUGACUGAGAUCGUAAAAAAUUUGCCCCCAAGUAAUUUUGCUAUUGCCACCAUCGAGCCACACCUUCACAGGCAUAUUAUUGGACGCAAAGGACAAAACCUUCAGCGUGUAAAAGAGACCUAUGGCGUCGAAAUAAUAGUACCUGAUGAAAAGGACGAAAGUCCUGAUAUCCUAAUUGUUUAUGAGAGCAAACAUGAUGAGGAAAACUCGAAUGAUAAAAAAAAAGAAAGUAUUAGUGAAAUUUUGGAAAAAGUUAAAGUUGAACUGACAAAAGCCGGUAAAGAUGCUUCUAAUUUCGCGACGCAAACUCUUAACAUUCCCGUCAAAUUUCAUCGACAUAUAAUUGGACCAAGAGGCACCACACUAAACGGCAUCACGGGAGGCAGUGACGCACCAGUUUCUGUAAAAUUCGGUUCCUCCAGAACUGGCGCGGCAGAACGCUCUGCCAAUGCCGAAGGGAAAAAAUUCGAUCAAGUGCCUAUUUCGAAUGACGUGGUGAUAAUUAAAGGUCCAACUGAAGAAGUUGAAAGGGUAGUAAAAGAAAUAAACCGAGUUGUUGAAGAUGUAAAACAUAAUGAAGUAAUGAAUUCUUACACCGUUGAAUUUACCUUUCCAGCUCAAUAUUCUGCCCAUAUUAUUGGUAAAGGUGGUGCACAAGUUACCAAGUUGAAGGAUCAUUAUAACGUAAGGAUUGAUAUUGAGGGUGGCAGGAAUGAAGAAAAAAGGAUUACCCCUGGUGAAUCGGUCAAAGUCACUAUCGUAGGUAAAAAGAAUGAUGUUGAAGAGGCGAAAAUAAGAAUUCUGGACCACGUGGAUAAAUUACAGGAUGCCACCAUAGUUCACCUUAAAAUCCCUUCGGAACAUCACAAAUCAUUGAUCGGUUUUAGAGGUCGUUACGUCAAACGCCUUGAAGAAAAAUACGGGGUUCAUAUUCGUUUUCCAAAAUCUAGAGAUUCAAUCGAAGGUGAUACCAUCGACGCUGAUGCACAAAAAGCUGAUGAAGUCAUCGUUAAAGGAGGGAAAAGAGGGGUUAAUGACGCCAAGGCAGAGUUGUUAGAUUUACUAGAUUACGAAAGGGAACAUUCGAAUUCCGAUAGUUUUACAGUUCCCGCUCAAUAUCUUCCACACAUCGUCGGACGCAAUGGUAGUCGAAUCAAUGAUAUCAAAGAUUCGAGUUUUACUCGUAUAGAAUUUGGGAAGCCAGAACCACCCGAGGAGGAUGUAAAGAAUCAAGUUGUGAAUGUUGUCGUUCAAGGAACAAAAGGGGAUAUUGCUAAGGCCAAAAAUAUGAUCCUCGACAUUGUAAAGGAUCUUGAAAAACAGAUCACCAUAAUAAUGAAAAUUGACCCACGACAUCACAGAUAUUUAAUCGGUUAUAGUGGCACUCGAAUCCGUGAAAUAAUUGUUAAAGCCGGUGGCCCUGAAGAAAGAGGUAGUCAAGUCGGUAUUGUGAGAUUCCCUCAGCCAGGUAGCAAUAGUGAUGAAGUGAUCCUUAAGGGUGAGAAAGACCUCGUAGAAAAGGUGAAGGCCGAACUCGAGAGACUAAUCGAAGAACAGAACAACCUCACCAUUGAAAUUGUUAAGAUUCCACGUGAACAUCAUCCUGUUAUUAUUGGACGCAGCGGACUUCAACUUCGGGAAAUCCAGAAUAAAUUUAAUGUGGAAAUCCUAUUCCCUGGUUCCCGUUCCUAUAAUGAUACCUUUCCUGCUCAUAAAGUUGAUGAGGAAAUGGAGAAUAGUGAAGAGGCCGUGAAAAUUAUUGGAAAAGCGGAUGAUGUUGAAGCUGCUAAGGGAGAGAUAAUGUCCAAGAUUCCGUGUGAUCUUACUAUGAGUAUUCCGCGUAAAUUUUGUAAAAUAAUAUCUUCAGGUGUAUACCGUAAAAUUUUGAAUGAAUACCAUGUCUUAUUGGAAUGUUGUGAUGAAAGACCGGAUGAAAUUUUCCCUAGAAAUUUAAAUUCGACUAUCAAUGGACGAAUUGAUGACGACAAUGGAGGUGAUUCGUCUCAUGAAGAUGAUUUCGAAUGGCAUGUUGUCAAAAAUUAUGAUGACGGUGAUGAUGGGGAAAUUACAUGGAGCUUGAAAGGUGAAAGACUGCAGAUUGAACGUGCUGAAAAAUAUAUAACCGAUCUAAUAGAGAAGGAGCGAGGGCUCACUCACAAGGGUUAUUUGACCGUCCCUUCUAAUUUACACGGUCGCAUCAUUGGUCGUGGAGGAGUUACAAUUGGCCGCAUCCGCAAUGAGAGUGGAUGCAUGGUCGAGGUCCCGAAAGUGAAUGGUGAUGAUGCUGUGAUUUUCAUCGGAUCCAAGGAGGGCAUAGAAAAAGCUCGAGAAUUAGUAAAGGAGGAAAUUGAGAAAGCAAUCAAAAAAAAUUAA